GAGACAGCAUCUUGCCCUGGGCGGGGCUUAUUAAAAUCCCCUGAAAGGUAUUGCAAUUCCUAGAGGUGUAACUUUGCUGCCCCUCCCCUCUGCCCUAUCAGCCCUGCUGUGCCCUAUGGAGCGGGUCUCAAGUUCCCAGGAUAGGAGAGAAGGUGACAGCUCUCUCCAGAGAGUCAUCAACUUGAGUCAUCAACUUGUGACAACUCAACCCCACAGAAAAAGGGGCUGGAGGAAAAGGGGUAGGGAGAGGAGGCGGGGGCCCUCCAAAACCAGCUUGCAAAUCACGAGCAAAACAGCAUCCGGAGCUUUUUGGAAUCAAGCCUCAGAUGAUACUUCCCUGAGACGGGGACCCAGCAUUCUGGGUAUCACGACUGAGUUGGGGCAGGACUCAACCCUCCCUGGCAGCUUCAUCCCACCCGGCGGAGAGGCUGAAGCUUCAAGGAAGAGGGGGCUGGAGCCCGAAGCCUUCUGGAAUCCUGGCCCUGAGACCUUUGCACCCCCUCAGCUGACACCUGAAUUUUCCCUGGGAUUUUCUGUUAUCCAUUUCCCGUGGCGCGGCCGUGUUUUUCUGUGCGAAGGUGUCCCCUUUGGCAUCAGCAGAGCUGGAGAGAGGGAUCAGAAGCUUCUAGAAGAAACCUUGCCUUCACCCCUCCCCUGCUCUGUGCGGCCUCAUCCCUCUGCAGUAAAAUCUGACACGGGAGAUUCAUCGGAACAUGUGCCCUCGUCCGCCUCCCAUCGGCCCCCCGCAGGGACGGGAGCUGUUCGUCUUCUCCCCAGCUCGGCUCGCAGCCUGCGAAGCCCGGGUGAGGGGUACCUUGCUCAGCUCUGCCAUCAGAUGAGGGGCGGUGUGCCAUCACAUGGGGUAUCUUCGCACCCCUACGAUGCCUGAAAUCUCCAUCCUCAUAAAACAAACUCGGUGGAAGCAAGGCCUUGAUCCAUUUCAUUCCUUUCUGUGUCC